AUGCCAGGUGAUGAGGUUUGGUUGAAGGUGUACGACCUAAGUGACGGAAAGGCGGCUGCAGUGAGUCCGCUAUUACUUAAGAAACCCAUCCGAGGUAUAUGGCAUUCGAGUGUGGAGGUCUACGGUUUCGAGUACUUCUACGGUGGCUAUAUCGAGAGGAUGAAUCCCGCCUUAGUGGAAAGAGAAAUAGGAAUGACUCCUGACAUUACCAAGCUACUGGGAACAACCACCAUGAGUAGAAAGACAUUCGAAAAAUUCUUAAGUGACAUAGACCAUGAUUUCACUCCCGAAACGUACGAUCUGGUUGAAUGGAAUUGCAACCACUUUGCUGAUGUGUGCGCAAGAUUUCUGAUGGAUGGCAAGGGCGUUCCGAAAUCGUUGUUAUGUCAGCCUGGCGAAGUUUCGAAGAGUGUGGUUGGUAAGGCGAUUUUACGUUUGAUAGAAAUUGCUCAUGAUAAUCCUGUGCAGAUGGCAGAUGGUCAGUUAAGAACGGAUAUUACCGGGUCUUGUGAGCACCAUAGAAUUAGUUAUAGGCCAUUGGAGUUGCAGGAAAAGGUUAGGUUGAAACGACAGAAGAAGAAUACUAAUGGCGCAUUAAGCUCUAUGGCAGGCGCACUCAUUCAAGCAGGCCUCUUACAGAGACCUAUAGAGAUCAACUGGCAUGCCUGGUGGCCGUUUAAUACUUGUACCCAAGUAAAUGUUGCCGAGGAUCCGAACGAGGUCGAAUAUAAUGUGGUGCCAAUAGAACCUAAGGAAAAACGACAUAGGCAUAAAAGGAGAUCCAAGAAACAUGAAUCAAUAAAACAUCAAUCGAAGAAAUAUGAAUCAAAGGGAUAA